AUGCUUUCGAAAUGGGCAGGACGAGGUGCGGCGCUCUUUGUCGGAUAUCUUCUCAUUCACUUCGUUUUGAUCGUGGUCGAUAAUCGGCGAGUAAUCGAUCGAACCCAAGUUGCGGUUGGAAAGGAUUCCGAUGGACCACUGAUAGUCAGAACUGCGAAGGAUUUAAGCAGCAAAAAAAACACUUCCGCGUCGAUGGAAUCAGAAAUAUCUCAUGAAGUACUGGUACCUGAAUUUGCUGCGCCAGUUACACGGGAGCCGCUUGUGAUUCACGCUGAAUUCGCCGAGGUCACUUACGUUUUUCGUGAAUGCAUUUGA